AUGGACGACCUCACCGGGUUGCAGCUUAUAGCCCAAGGAACUUCGUGGACUGACCGAGCACUAGACAUCACUACUAUACACGGAUUGCAGGGCUACGAUACCUGGGAGUAUCCUACACACGGACUCGGGGGCAGCAGUAAGACUGUUUUCUGGCGAUAUCUUGGCGAAAGCCUUCUAGCCUUGGAAAAUUAUCUACCCCCGACCUCGGAUCUGCGCUGCGAUGGUCACCUCAAGACACCCAAGUCCGAACAGCAAUCUACGUCCUGGCUUCCAGCAACCCUCGAUGCGGCAUACGAGACGAUUAUACAGCAGCUAUGGAGCCGGCAUGAUGAAAGCCGCCGAGAGAUGGCACGGGAUGCCCUCGUACUAUGCGCUCAGCGGCCACUUUCGAUACUCGAGCUCCGCAGUGCCCUGGCCGCGAUGCAUUAUGAUCCUGAUCUUCUAUCUCCACUAAGCAAGAGUGAAGUAAAUGAGUGGGGUAUGUGGAACAAAAUGAACAAGAUACAGGACAAAGCUUCGCUAGACAUGAGUACUCAGCUGAUGCUUCUCUGUAGCGGGCUUCUUGAGGUAGCACCGCGGCAGGCCAAUUUCGCAGACGAUAAGACAUAUACAGAAUCGACCGUGCAAUUCAUCCACCAAACAGUGAGAGACUAUCUCCAGGAAAGGGGUUCCUGCGUCCUUGAGGGCGACAAUCGCACUUCCAAAUUGUCUUUCCCAGAACUCAAGCUCACUGACUUGCAAGCCUGCAAUGCCCAGUACCACUUCCGAGUUGCUUGGAUAUGCCUCCUGUAUGCUGACCUCAUAUACAUGCGCUCUAACCUCCUGAAUACCGAGACUGAAAUCACUUCAGCCCUCUUUCUAGAGUAUUCCCUAUCGUUUGGCAUGGCACACCUUAGCUUGGCUGAAAGAGCCUGGGUAAACCCCAUGAAGAAGGAGAUGUGCCACCUUUCUCAGUUUCAAAAGGGGUUCGUCGACCAGUGGUCUUUGCUAAACAGCCAAAUAUUCAAGGAUCAGAAACUCUUUGAGCCGCACAAGACUAAGGCAGUACAUAUCAUGUCAUACUAUGGCUUACCGUGGUAUGACACAGGCCUCUGGGGAGCGAGGCUUGCAGAGAUAAAUGAGGAGGAUCAUUAUGGGCGUACUCCUCUCUCACUGGCCGCGGCUAUGGGUCAUCAUCAUAUCUGUGAGAUCUUGCUUGACAAUGGUGACGACAUGGGUCAUCGAGAUUAUGUCUAUGGUCAAACUCCAUUGAGUCAUGCCGCAGCCUAUGGCCAUAGGGAAGUCGUCGAGCUUCUACUCAGCGAAGGGUCUGACUACGACAACAGCAGCAGUGGAGUUACUGCACUGUGGUUAGCAAUUCGCAGUGGUCAUCUAGACAUCGCGGAGCUUCUCUUACAGGCUGGCGCAAAUCCUAACGCCUCUAGCAUCCAUACUGGCGAAGCAUGCCUCCAAGGCCGAAAGAAGACAAUCGAGUUGUUGUUGGGGCUUCUCAAGUCACAAGAACUCUUUAAAUUCAAGGAAAACCUCUCUAAAGACAAGGGCAAGGGCUCUUGGAUCAAUACCGUCUUGACAGCUAUCGUUAUUUUGGCAUGUUACCAACGUGGUGGCGAGUGGCAGACGCCCCCGGUCGGCAACCAGAACAGCCAGGCGCUGAACACAUGCUCUGAUAGUCAACUGCUUAUAAACCGGGGCACCAAUCGACAAAAACACAAGUUGGGUGCAGGUAAGGAUGAGGAUGACAACGAAGAAAACAUCAGAGGUAAUUCGGAGAAAAGACCUCGUCGCCCAGAGCCAAACGGGGACCGUUUCGCCUGUCCGUAUCAUAAGAAGAACCUGGCGAGAUCGCAUCUGAAGCUCAUCCAUGAUCUUUCUAUCGAUUGGCGGCGAUGUCACGCCUGUAAAAAGCGAUUCCUCCGCGAAGAGCUGGAUGGGCAUAGCCCAUCAAUAUUCAGAGUGCUGUUUCCCGACUGGCCCGCGAACAUGGAUACCCCAAAUCCAUACCAAGCGAAUGCUGUCUCGACGUAUUGUGCAGAUGCCAUUCAACAACACCGCAACAGAGUGAUGAACCGAAACACAAUCUCUCAGGUCUAUGCUUGCCAAAGCGAGGAUGAGAUCCGUCAAGUUCUAGGACUAAUCAUUGGGGACCUUGAAAGCAAUUUUGGGCAUACCCCGAUAACGACUGACAAUUUGCCUCCCAGACCCGUGUCCGCUAUGUCUCCGCAGCCAACAAUCAGCACUCAGCAUCCGCAAUAUCAGCUUCUGCCAGUUUCUCAGCCGAAUUUCAUCUAUAGUCAUGGGCAUCGCUCACAAUUCCAUACCCCAGCUGUUUCAAGCUCCGAUGCAAAUUCCAGGCGUUUCUUACGGAGCCAUGAUCAGUCUGACACGUUCACAGAAGGCACAGCAUUCUCGGACCAAAAAAAGGGUAUAAAUAUCAGCAGCACUCUGCCACAGUUUCAACCACAAAUGACUUUACCAGUGGCUCAACAACCGACGAGCAACAUAAGCCACCACCCCGGAUCAACGUUUGCGGUAGGGAACCAAGGAUUGACACCGGAUGAUCCUUGGAUUGACUUCUCUCACGACCCCCAACAUCAGCCGCAGCCUGUAAGGGAGGAUCUGGUACAAUGCGAUUUCCCGCCAGGGGAUUAUGAUGAGAACGAAAUCCUGAGCAUGGCGCAUUUUUAG